UGAUCUGCUGUUGAGGAGACAUUGCAUAAACAUCGCUGAUAUAGUUCUGGAUCCAGAUCGAAAUCAUGUUGCCACUUGCCACUCAUUGACUUGUUAGUGCUCUAGACUCUCAAACUGUGUCAUAUAUAUAUAUUCAGCAAUGGAAAAUGGGGAUCGAACAAGGCAAACUACUAGACUGUAUUGAACAUUCAGCAAGUACAAGGCUUUCUCUUUUCCAAUAAAGAAAAUGGCAGCCUCUCCUUUAAACCUAAGAUCACAUAACCAUACUCGGUCAAACAGCUUGCCAUCAACAUCACACCCCUUUGUUACUGAAUUUGACGAGCAUCUGUGCAGAUUAAAAGCUUUAGAAUCAUCAUCAUCCAUAAGCCACAAACUAAGUGGCCUUCAAGAUAUACAUGACUGCGCGGAAAAGUUUCUUCUUUUGCCGCUGAACCAACAAGCCUUGAAACAAGAGUGCGGAGACACAUGGAUCAAUCAACUACUUGAUGGAUCUUCAAGGCUCCUGGAUGUGUGUGGCAUCAUAAAGGAUGCUUUGCUGCAAACAAAGGAAUGCACACAUGAACUUCGAUCGAUUAGGAGCAGAAGACGGGGAGUUGACACGAGCUUUAUGAGUGAGGUUUCAAAAUACCUUACCUGUAGGAAGGAUGUCAAGAAGGCAAUCAACAAAGCCUCAAAGCUCAGAGACAGUAAGAGCACAGACAAAACUCAUGAGACUCCAGCCAUUGUCAAGAUGUUGAAAGAGUUAGAUGCAGUCACCUCUGCUGUGGAUGCUGCAUUGCACUUGCUCAUGAGUCACAAGACUAAAGCAUCUGAUAACACAAUGCAAGUUGAUUAUGUGCAAAAAAAUUUAAAGGAAUUCGAGAUCAACAUUCAAGAUAUUGAAGAACGACUUGAGUGCCUCUUUAGGCGCUUAAUCAAAGCCAGAGUUUCCCUUCUCAACAUAUUCAACGAUUAGGCUGAGAAAUCAUAAUGCAGCAUCCAAUUUUGUACAUAACUAUAUACAUACUGGUAUACGAAUACAUGUGUAUUUUCUAUUCAGAUUCAAAAUCAAUACAAUUCUUUUGACAGAAAUUAAGUAUAUGGGGUGAUUCUGUCACACUUUUUCCAUCUUUCUUGUGCACCUUUGAUGAUUAAAAUAGAAACUAAUUCAAUGAAGUGCCUAGAUUAGUUCUCCAAUAACCUGUUGCUUUAAUAACCUGUUCGAUCCCUAGCUCAUGAUCGAAAAGAAACAACUUCAUUAAACGAUCCAAUUCAAAAGGUUUCAAAACUUGAGGGAACUGGAUCACUUAUCAAGUCAUCAGAAUAUGAGGCUAUGCAUGUGUUUCGUGCAACUGCAUCGAUCUUAUAGUUGUCAAGAUUCCCUUUGUCUCAACCAACAGAAAAUGACUAAAUACAAAUAACAGUCUUCUAACAUUAACACGGUAUUAGCUUCGAAAAAAGUAAUUAAGAUUAACAAGGUUAGCGCAUUAAGCAUGGUGGUUAUGAAUCUCCACAUGACUGCUUCUAGUUUCGGGGAACAGUCCCCAUAUGAUAAGAUAAUCUCCUAAUAAGCCUGAAUUAAUUUUAUUUCUUGCAUCUGGAAUGACACAGAGUAAUGGUGUAUGCAGAGCUUUGCCUCCUCUCAACAUACACAAUUUGAAAGAUUGUACAUUUAUCAUUUAAACUAUGCAACAUAGGCUCUGUCAAGCUGGAAACUUUCAGAUUAAAAAACCGAAACCAAGUGCAAUAACUAACUCAAGUGCUGGUCUGCUGGAGUUGCAUCCCAAAACUGCGACCACUUCCACCAACAUGAUCAACCAUUCAAGCGUUCAUCAAAAUUCGAAAGCCAACAUGUCCAAGAACAACAAUUUCAUUCAGUAAUCGAAUUUGUAACAAUAACAAGCAAGAAAUUAAUUCAUACGCACCGUAGAUGGGAAUUGAAAUCAUAUGUGCCCAUUUUGCUACCUCCAUCAAUUCGAAGAUAUAGAGAAGAAUGACAAAAUGGGCACUGAUGAAUCGAACUUGAUCAAUAAAGUAUUAAUCUUUCAACUGUUCAUCCGCGAUCCGUCCAUAAAUUCAACCCACGUUCACUGCUUUUGCUUUCUUUACAUCAGUGUUUUCCUUUCAUGCUUGCAUGAGAGUGGAUUUCGCAUAUAAAUUUUUGCUCUGAAAGAGAGAGAGAAAUUGUA